AUGUCAGGUUAUCCAAACCAAUAUCCACAUGGUUAUCCACAACAAGGAUACCCACCACAACAAGGUUACCCACCACAACAAGGUUAUCCACCACAAGGUUAUCCACCACAACAAGGUUACCCACCACAAGGUUAUCCACCACAACCAGGUUACCCAAUGCAACCAGGUUAUCCAAUGCAACCAGGUGUUGUAGUUCAACCAAAUAUGUACCCACAAGGUCAUCACACUGCUUAUCCAGUUGGUUAUGGUCAUCAUGGUAAAUUCAAACAUAAGGGUUACAAGAAACAUCACAAGAAACAUAAGGGAUUCAAAGGUUUCAAGAAAGGAUUCAAAAAAGGAUUCAAAGGUUUCAAGAAAACUUUCAAAUACAAACAUUAA